CUGUUAUGAUUAAAUCUGCUAAAACUAUCAGGAUUGGGGCUCGUUGAAAUAAAACGUUUUGAGGUGCUAAGUACAGUUUGACUGCUCAAUAAUGAAGAUAUUUCUUGCAAUAUCAUUGCUUGCUUUGUCUGGUUCACUUGGUUUGUCUGAUGCACAAGAUGCCUCUGAAACUACAACCCAAUCUCAAAUAACUCCUUAUGAAGUUACACCGCCUCCGGGAUUUAAAGGCUUAACAUGUUGGAAGGGAAGUUGUGAUUCUGAAGAUACAAAUAAUCAACCUGAUGAAUGGGAGUUUUGCAUGUAUAACAAGAGCGCCUGCAUGACUAAAGUUGAAAUUUCAGGAGAUACAUACAGAAUAUAUAAGCAAUGUAUGCAGAAAAGCGCUUGUCAAAAUCUGAGACAACCCAACAUGCAACAAUGUUACUCUGGUUUGGCCGCUGAAAAUAGACAAAGAGUUUGCCACUUCUGCUGCUAUACAGACACAUGCAACACUGAUCAGAACAUCAAGAUACCUGGAAUGCCAGAGUUUUUUGUCGUACCGUAAUUGUGUAAUUCCCUCUGCCAGCAUCAACGUUUCUGAAUAUAAAGUAUAUCAACACCGUUACAAUUACACCGAACCAAUGAAUGCAUUCUAAAAAAUACCAAUCAGCAAUGAACCCAAUAGAAUAUGUCUUUUAUAUAAUAUAUAUAACAUUUAUUGGCUCACGAUAAUUUGGAGAUAUGAAUAUGAAGGCUCGUUGUGUCAUUUAGCAAACAAUAUUUUUUAUUUGUUUUAUUCCUAAUGAUAUACCUAUUUCGUUGGCUUACGCGGUUAGUCCUCUUAUGUGAAACGUUUAAUUUUAGUCAUUAACAGACAGAAACUGCUGAGCACCGUUUAAGAUUGUUUCAACUAGUUUUAUUUCCAAGGGAAUAUUAAAAAGUCAUUAAAGUAUGAUUUAUCAGUCUGGUCGUAUAAUUGUCGUAUUUACAAUUUUUGUAAACGAUAUUUUAUGAGAACCGUCAAAUCGAAUAAAUAACUUCUGAUUUACGACAUUUGAAAAUGUGGAAGAUUGACUAUUAUAGCCCAUUUGGCGCUUUCCUGAGAAGUGUAAUAACACUGAUUUUCUGGUGUACUUUGACACUUUUAGAAAUGAGCACAGUUACACAAACAGGAGCAUUUAAUAAGAACAGCACGUUUCUCUUGAGAUUCGUCACGGUAAAGGCAAAGUCGUAAAAGUCAUCUUCCUACAAAUUACAAUAUUCGGUAAAUAGUUGUGAAAUCGGUCGCAUAGCAAUUGUAGCAAGGUGAUAUAACUCAUGUCGGCUAUAUUUCAGUCAUUACAUCGUUCUGCAGGAUGGUGAAGAGCAGAGAUUUAUUUGUUACAUAAUUAUAAACAGAGUUGUGAAUGUAUAUACCUAACGAUAUUGAUAUUUGGAUUCUGGCAUAACUAUAUGUUGUUCGAUGUUUGAAAUUGAGUGAAAUCAGAGUUAUUAAUUAUACUGGGAUUGCACUCUUC